UUAGCUAGGUCUUAUUGAAAUUCAAAACAAAACUAUUUUUGAUACUUCUUAUAUGCAGAUGAUUAAGUCGUUUAAGUAUAUUUUUUUUAAUCGCAAUACAAACCGUGCGAAUAACUGUAGACUGUACCAACUCAUCGAUGAUGUUUUUUAUUUGGCAACUGAUAAAAAUAUCUACGUUUUUUUCGCACCCACAUCUUCCAGAAUAAAAUCGUUUCUAUAGUCAUCAUGGUUUUCAAGUGCCAGGAAGACAGUUUUCUCACAGAGUUCUGUUCUACAGUGGUCGCUUGUGAGCGAACCGACCGGGGCGGAUACAACGUAAUCUUUGAGGAUACGGUACUGUUCCCCGAAGGUGGCGGUCAGCCGUCGGAUCACGGUUGGCUCAAUGAUUACGAAGUGAAAAACGUCACUAGAACAGGACCGGAUGCGAUACACUUUGUGGAAGGUGAGCAGGCACCGUUCCAGAUCGGGGACAGAGUCCACCAAAAGGUAAAUUGGGAGCGUCGAUUCGAUCACAUGCAGCAACACUCCGGUCAACAUCUGAUAACAGCGAUAUUUGAUCGAGAGUUUGGUUUCAGCACCCGUUCCUGGUGGCUCGGAACGGAUGAUUCAUACGUAGAUUUGGAUACGACGGAUGUCACCCGAGAGCAAUUGGAAACGGUGGAGAAGAUAUGCAACCAACUGAUUGUGGCAUGUACGCCGGUGACGGUCGACGUCUUUCAACCGGACGAUCCAGCACUCAAAUCAGAUGCGACACGCACCCGAGGACUUCCGGAUGAUGUCAGCGGUCCUUUGCGUGUUGUCACAAUUGACGGAGUUGAAAAAAAUAUGUGCUGUGGAACACACGUCAAAAAUCUAGCUCAACUGCAAGCUAUAAAAUUUCUAAACUUGGAAAAGAGUAAAAAUAAAUGCCUAGUUCACUUCCUGGUCGGGAGCCGUAUCAUUCGAAAGUUAACCGAAUGUUACGAAAGAGAACUUCAGUUCAACAUCCUGCUCAAUGGAGGCCCACCUUCUCACACCGAUCUGAUCAAGAAGCUGCAAACUACGGUAAAAGCUGCACAAAAAACCUCCAAGAAACUUACCGCCGAGCUGGCUCUGCUUGAGGCGGAAAAGGUUAAUUCUGCAGAACCUAAACCUAGGUUCUAUGCCAUCCACCGGUUGGAUGGUACCGAUUCCGAUUUCAUCAAUACAUUUUUAAGGAACAUAAAAUUGGUUGACUGUUUUCUCUUCUUAACCACCGGUGACGAAAGCGGAAAAGGACAGCUGCUACUUCAGGGGAAGCCGGAGGACAUUGUUCAACUAGGAGGCGAUAUUUGUAAGCUACUCGACGGAAAGGGUGCAGGCAAAGGAACCCGAUUUAACGCCAAAGUAAACAAGCUAAAAGCCAUUGAUCAAUGCCAGAAGCUUAUUGAGCAGCAUUUUAAUUCGCAUAACGUUGAGAAGUAGAAUGCAAUACUGCAAAUAAAAACAAAAUACAAACCUG